UACUUCUGUUCCUCACUUCUACGUUUCUGCAGAGGCUGAAACGCAGCUCUUGACUUUUUUUAAGCAUUGCUAACAGACUUGAGAUAACUUUUUCAUCUACCAUGUAUAACUACGGAGUAGCUUUAACAUGUGAAGGAUGUAAUAAAUUAGACGUCUCUUCAUUUUAGAGAAAGAAGAUGGAAACAUCAUUGGUUUUCUUUUCUCAAUUAAAUAUGUGCGAAUCAAAAGAAAAAACUUUUUUCAAGUUAAUACAUGGUUCAGGAAAAGAAGAAACAAGCAAAGAAGCCAAACUCAGAGCUAAGGAAAAAAGAAACAGGUUAAGUCUGCUCUUGCAGAAACCUGAAUUUCAUGAAGAGACCCACUCCGGUAGAUCCGGGCACUUAGCCAAAGAAACGAGAAUCUCCCCUGCAGAAGCCGUGAUAUGGGGUGAAUCAUUUGACAAACUGCUCUCCCAUAAAGGUGGACUGGAGACUUUUACCAGAUUUCUUAAAACCGAAUUCAGUGAGGAAAACAUUGAAUUUUGGGUAGCCUGUGAAGAUUUCAAGAAAAGCAAAGACCCUCAACAAAUUAUCCUUAAAGCAAAAGCAAUAUAUGAGAAAUUUAUACAGAACGAUGCUCCGCAAGAGGUUAACCUUGAUUUCCACACCAAAGAAAUCAUUGCCAAGAGCAUCACCAAACCCACUCUCCACAGUUUUGAUGCUGCACAAAGCAGAGUAUAUCAGCUUAUGGAACAAGACAGUUACACACGUUUUCUGAAAUCUGACAUCUAUUUAGACUUGAUAGAAGGAAGACCUCAGAGACCAGCAAAUCUUAGAAGACGGUCACGUUCAUUUACCUACAAUGAAUUCCAGGAUGUAAAGUCAGAUGUUGCCAUUUGGUUAUAAAGAAAAUUAAUUUUGCUCGUUUUGAUGGCAAACUUGUACAUUUGCUUCUAAGAUAUAGCAUGUUUAUGUUAACAAAUGGGUACAUCUUUUAAAAUAAAACACAUCAUGCGAAAGGAUUUUAAAAA